AUGCUUCAGAUCGAGGAACUGCAAGAUAUCCUUGAUCACUCUUCGUCAGGCGAAGAUGACACACCCUCACCAGAAUCAUCUCACUCGGGUUCACAGGACGGGUUCAUCUUUGGAUUCUAUUCGCUUUCCAAAUCUCUUCGAGAGUUUCAUCCCCCCACGUCCAAGGUCCCAAUACUGUGGGGAAAAUAUCGGGAAAAUGUAGCUCCUUUGAUCACCAUCGUACACCGACCGACUGCCAGAGAACUUUUUGUAGAGGCAGCAAGGCAUCCAGAUGCCCUGGACAAAAAUUCAGAGGCACUGAUAUUUUCCAUGUAUCUUUGCAGCAUUGUCAGCAUGAAACCUGACGAGUGCUUGUUCCAAUUCGGUGAAGACCGAACUACUGUUGUCAAGCGGUACAGGUUUGCUACGGAGCAAGCGCUGGCAAAAGCUGGGUUUUUGAAUACACAAAGCUUGAUCCUCCUGCAAGCCGCUGUCUUAUUCUUGGUCUGCGUGCGGCGAGAAGAUGAUAGCAAGUUUGUAUGGUCCAUGACAUCCGUCGUUUUACGCCUUGCUCAGGGCUUAGGCCUACACCGGGAUGGCACCAAUUUCGCCCUGAAACCGUUCGAAACGGAGAUGCGGCGUCGUUUAUGGUGGCAUAUCUCGCUGUUGGAUGUCCGCUCAUCCGAAGACCAUGGGACGGACCCACUCAUUCACGAGAGCAUGUACGAUACUCUACUGCCAUUAAACAUCAAUGACGACGACCUGUCGCCCGACAUGGAAGAGCCCCCUAAAGAACAAGAAGGCUGCACAGAUGCAACAUUCUGUCUAAUUCGCUGUGAGAUCACGAGCGCUUUGCGGAGAGCAAAUUACGCUUGUCCCAGCGCCCGAUUUCGUGCGCCUAACAGUUUACCGCACAUAGAUCGUGCUGGACGGAUGAUUCAAAUCAUCAGUGAUCGAUGCGAACAACGGUAUAUCAGGCACUGUGAUAUGAACAUCCCCGUGCAGUGGUGCUCCGCCACAGUUGGGCGUCUGAUUCUUGCCAAAUUAUGGUUGAUAGUCCAUCACCCGAUGACCCAAAGAGACCGCGGAAAUGUGUCGCAAGAAACCAGAGAGAGCUUGUUUCUGACUGCAAUUGAGGUCCUCGAAUUUGGCCACUUGCUUGAGACUGACACCAAAACCGCCAAAUGGGGCUGGCUGUUCCGGACUAAUAUGCAAUGGCAUGGGGUCGCAUUCGUUCUGUCUGAGAUAUGCGUCCGACCAAUCUGCCCUGUUACCGAUCGAGCUUGGAGCGCUGUCAGUCUGAUCUACACGGAAUGGGCCGCGCAGGCCACUCAUAAAAAGGGCAUGCUUUGGCGUCCACUUGCCGCCUUGAUGAAAAGAGCUGCUGCUACCCGGGACAAGCAACAGCAAGAAUUGAUAUUCAAAUUUGGACCAUUCCUCCAAACAAUAGAGCCCGUUCAAAGAAUCUGUCCUAAUACACUUCCCCGGAUUCAUGUGCCAACGGGUAUGCUGAAUUCUCCGUCGACAACUCGACCAAGCUCAACGGCACCGACUGCAUCCGAGGUAGACUACAAUAUCGACCUGAGCAAUGGACCAUUGGGUGCUCUCCAAAAUUUGUUUCCUGGCACAAAUAUUCUAGCUGCAUCAAACAAUAUUUUCGAUGCCCCGCCGGCCCAGAAUAAUAUCUCAGCACCGAGCUUUUCCACAGGUAUGCCCUACAACACAGACAUGAGCAACUCAUUUUUGAAUCAGAUUCCGCUUCCUGAGUCUGCUCAGCUCAGUUGGGAGGAAUGGGAUCAAGUCAUGCGUGAUUUCCAGAUGGAUGUUGAAAAUGACGAUUCUCAGCAAAGCAAUGGAACCAAUGUUCCCGAGUGGUUUACCUAA